AUGCCAACAGUUCGUCGAUCUAAGAGGAUCAGACAGAAGUUGCGCCAUGAGGGGGAAGAGGAUGGGGGGGCAGAGUCCCAGAUGCAGAGCAGAGAAGUUAGUGUUGUGCAGACGGAUGAGCACACAAAUUUGGUUGAUGUUCAGAGGGUUCUUUCAGAGGAAGAGACAGAUGUAGAACAGGAUCAUGAGAGUGAUGAGGACUAUCAAGAUGGGCGGUCGAGGCCAAAGAGCCAAAAUAAGAGGCCUAGGUCAGGUGAGUCCGGUGACAGCAAAGGGAGAAGCAAGAAACGGGCUCGUACUAUCCGCUCUACAAACCCAGCUAAGAUUGUUGGUAUUGGAACGGGUACGAAAAAAGAGCAGGAUCAGUACCUCAGUAUGUUACAAGAUUUUGAGCCUACGAGGUUGUUCCAUAUUUUUAGUACUUCGGAGGAUGUGUCAGUUGAGGAGGUUGCCAGUGAUUGGUUAGAUCAAUACAAGGAACAUAGGAGUAGGGCGCUGAAGGAGUUUGUCAAUUUUUUGCUCAAUUGUACUGGCUCGUUAGUUCAAGUUGCUGAACAUGAUGUGGUAAAUAAUGAUUCAUCCAACGAGACCAUUGGGGAAAUUCAGAUGUUAUUUCGAGAUCAAAAGAUUCAUGAAUUCCACCUCUAUAUGUCGAAGAUGCAGAAAAAGAGAAGUAAGUAUAAGCCUUUGUAUGAGAAUUUCGUUGAAUUUAUGAGCAAGGUGAUUGAAUUGGCCAAUGACAAAGAUAUGAUGUAUGUUGAGAAGACCGAGGAAGCCCAAGAUGGGGAAACGAAUAUCGUCAUUGAGACUGGUCCGUUGAUGCUAGAUUUGCUGACUUGGUUGUCAUCGAUGUCUGUGUGCAAGAUCAGGUGUCUGAGAUAUAUAUCGACACUAUGUAUGUAUAUUUUCCAGGAUCAGUUGACGGACUUGAUGGUUAAUUUAGAUACUCAGGUACUAUUUAAGUUGAGAAAACAAUUGGCGAUGGAACAAAAGAAGAAGAAACAGAAUAAAAAAACCAUUCAUAAAUUGGAAUCUACCAUCGCAGAUGUAGAGGGCACCAAGACAGUUAUCGAAAGUAACAUUGAUAAUAUUGUAAAAUUAUGCUUUGUCCACAGAUUUAAAGACGUCGAUGAGUGUAUUAGGUCUGAAUCGAUCCUCCAUUUAGCCCAAUGGUUGGAAAAUUACCCUGAAUAUUUUUUUAAGGCUACUUACCUGAAAUAUUUUGGCUGGUUGUUGUCUGAUUCAUCUCACGUGGUUAGAUUACAAGUGUUGAAGACAUUAUCUCAGUUAGUUAGAUUUUCAAACGAGAAGAAUAUGACGGAUAAUUCUUCAUUGAGACAAUUUUUUGAGAGGUUUAAGCAAAGAAUCUUAGAAAUAGCACUUAAGGAUAUCGAACUCCAAGUCCGGCUAGCUUCUGUCCAGGUGCUUGCAUUGAUAAAUGGUUUCGGAUAUUUAGAAGAUUCGGAAAUUUUAAGCAUUACGAGUUUGAUAUUCCAUGAACAUCAAGUAAAGGUAUCAUCUAGUGCGAAGAAUGCCAAGUUUUUGAGUGCAGUUUCCAAGUUCUUUUCCAAUGUUGAAAAAGAGCAACAAAUCGAUUUUUUGGAUAAGCAUAGAGCCGCUGAUUCUAUGGGAGAUAUUCAAGUAGGACAUAUUGUAGAAGCCGGAGUCCUGAUGAGAUUUUUGAUAAAGUCCUUAUCCGUUCAUUUGCGAGCUCAAGGUCAGCAGCAAGUCAAAACUGAAAGGAAUGUCCAUUUGCUGUUUCAAGCAGCCGAAUUUUUGCAACCUUAUUUUAUAAAUACUAUUGAGCCGCUAUGCCAAUUGCUAACCUACGAAGGGAGCUUUUCCGAUUUUGAUGUGCUUAACAGAAAAUAUACCUCUAAUUAUGGUAGUGAUGAUGAGGAAGAAGAAGAAGAAGAAGAAGGAACUAGAUUGCUUUUGCCUGAAGACGAAAACUCCAUCAUUCAAUAUGUUACGGUCUUGAGUGGCUUCUGUCAUGGGGCUAUGAAUCUGAGGCAGAACCAAAGCAAGGGCGGUGCGAUUGAAGUUAUUUUGACCUACCUGCUGGAUCUAUUUGCCAAUUUAAACCUCGAUUCGGAUGUAAUUCUAAACCAACUAGUCAGUAUCUUUAAACUUUUCCGUUAUGAAGAUUGGAUCUCACACGGCCAAGAGGCCUCUUUCCGACGUAUUUUUGAAAUACUUAUCAAAAACUUUGAUAACAGCUCCAUAGAGACUGAUAUAAAAAAUCCAAGACAAGAUGCGUUUAUCAAUUUAUUGUCAUACACACAAAAGCUGUCGUUAGCUGAUAUCGAUGGUCUGUGGAAAAACAAGCUGAUUUCUAUAAAAAUCUCUCUGGCUAAAUAUUUAAAGCAGUUGAAUCUGGACAAUAAUGAUGAAGCAAAUGAUAAGAUUCAGGUGUUACACACGAUGUACCUGAAUAAGUUGGUCUUACUAGGCAAGCACUUCAGGUUAGAAUUUGAUCAAGAGUUUUUGGAGCUGCUUUUCACCAACUACAUUAACAAACUCUCACAGGUAUUGUUGUCUUUGACUCCUGAUACGCUUGUAAAGGUCAACUUCAAAGCUCUAACACAAAUGGUAACUUGGAAUUUACAAACAUGGUAUCAGAUAUUUGAAGAAAACAUUACACCAAGUUCGGUAUCGAGGCCAAUGCUUGAAUCAAACAAGUUUAUUAUAGAUCAACUCUCGAUCAUUUUAAUUACAUUGCAUAGAGAAGAUGGUGACCUUUCAAAUAAAUUACAAGUGGAAUAUUCAAUAAAUACUUCAUUAUUGAACAUUAUCAUCGCCGUAAAAAUGUUUACGCUGAAUCUUUCCGACAAAGAAUCCGAGUGGAAACGUGUAAUAAAAAGAGAAUACCCCAUAUAUUUGGACUCUCCAGAGGCCAUACUCCAGGUAUUCCUGUAUCUGGAAGCCAUGUAUGCCAAUAAAUUAGACAUAUCCCUAGAAAGAGGUGAUGAAGAAGAUGUUGACUUUAACGAUGUAAUGCCUCCUAACGAUGAAAUGGGCGCCAAGGACUUAGAAAGAAAUCUCUGUGCAUAUGUGAUCAAAUUAAAGAGUCUGUUCAAAUUGGACAUGUUAACUGACACGCAUAUAGAAGAAAGAAUAAAACUAAAUGCGAACGUUUUAGGGACCCUAUACCAAAGUAUCAUCGAUGAAACCAUUUUCAGGGAACAAGAUCCCUCAAAAGCUAUCAAGAAACUAGUUUCAAAUCCAGCCACUUCCGUUAAUGCGUCUUCACAACCUCAAGAACAAACUCAGAUUCAGGAAGAACUGGAACCAAUUGAGGAGUUUUCACAAGAGGAAACAGAUAGAAGACAAGACCUUCAGGAAGAUCCAAUCGAAGAAGACGGCCAUUCGGAAAGUCCAUAA